AUGAGCACAGACAAGACGAAGCAGACGGUGGCAGACGCGGAGGUCAACGUGUAUGCGGGAUCAGACGACGAGGAGCUAAAGCCGCAGCAGGUGAAGAGCGACAAAGAUGAGAGUAGCGCCAUGGAGAAGCUUACGGACCUCGUAGAAGAAAAGCAGAUGGACGAGAACAAGAUGAAGAAGGCGUUUCAGGCAUUGCGCAAGCAAGAAGAGGCUGACAAGGAAGCGGAACGACUGCUGGAGAAGAAGCUAGCGGCUGUAAAGGUGAGCAAAGAUGACGUAGCACUUGUCGCACAGGAGAUGGAAAUCUCGACGCAGCAGGCGGACCGCAAACUGCGCGAAGCCGCUGGCGAUGUCGUCAAGUGUCUGCAGACGCUUAUCGUUGCCUAG